AUGGACAAAACGUACAAAUUGAGCAGCGUGCUGCUCGGCCACACCGCGGACGUGAGGGCGGUGGCGACUUUCGCCGACGGCACCGUCGUGUCGGUCUCCCGGGACAAGACCGCGCGUGUAUGGAAGCCGACCGGGACAGGUAACGAGUACGAGCAAAGUGCGAUAUUGAAGGGUCACUCCAACUUUGUCAGCUCAGUGUGCGUGAUCAAUCCAUCGGAGAGAAUUCCCAAGGGUUAUAUCAUCACCGGCAGCAAUGACAACACCAUAUGCGUCUACGUGGCGGAUGAAACGGAGCCCGCGCAUGUCAUAACGACACACCAGAACACCAUAUGCAAUUUGAGAACUGGCAAGGAGGAAGGUACAUUCCUUUCAAGCUCGUGGGAUCUCACUGCUAGGUUGUGGGACGUGAACGACCUCGGUAAACCACAGUCGACUCUCACGGGUCACACCGCUGCGGUAUGGUGCGUGGCGGAUUUAUUGAGUGGUAGCAUAGUGACCGGAUCGGCUGACAAGCUGGUAAUAGUGUGGGCGAGAGACGGUUCCAUGCAACACAAGUUAACCGGGCACACCGACUGCGUCCGUGACAUAGUUGACAUCAAGGAGGACGAGUUUUUAACCUGCGCGAACGAUGCCACGAUAAGGCACUGGAACGCCAGGCUCGGCACCUGCUUAGGCACUUACUGCGGCCAUGAGAAUUACAUCUACAGCAUAGCAGCUGUGCCGAAUGGCACUUACGUCUACUCGUCCGGCGAGGACAGGACUAUCAGAGUAUGGUAUAACACGGAACUGAGUCAGACUAUUGUCCUGCCGACGCAGUCGAUAUGGUGUAUCAAACUGUUUCCGAACGGUGACAUAGUUGCCGGAAGCUCCGACGGUGCGGUGAGGAUAUUCUCGCCCGACCCUGAGCGAUACGCGAACGCGGAGAUGCUGCAAGCAUUUGAGAAAGAAGUGGCGAGCACCACUUUGAAUGCGCAGCAAGUAAUUGGGGACAUCAACGUAAAAGAUUUGCCAGAUUCGAGAAUUCUUCUACAGCCGGGCCAGCGAGACGGACAAACGAAGAUUGUGAAUGAGGGAGACGCAGUUAGAGCGUACAGUUGGUCGCAGAACGAGCAACGGUGGAUAAAAAUCGGCGACGUGAUGGGUGCGACCGGUGGCACGACGGCUACUUCCGGCAAGCAAUUGUACAACGGCAUAGAAUACGAUUACGUUUUUUCGGUCGAUAUACAGGACGGCGUGCCGCCGUUGAAACUUCCAUACAAUAAGGGCGAAGAUCCCUGGCACGUUGCGCAGAAAUUUCUUCAUGAUAAUAAUCUCAGUCAAUUAUUUUUGGACCAGGUUGCAAAUUUCAUAGUAAAGAAUUCUGAGCCAGCUCCAGUUCUGACUACUGGGUCUCAAUAUGUAGAUCCUUUUACAGGAGGAAGCAGAUACGUUCCUGGAUCAGGAACGUCGUCCAGUACGCCCGACGUUACUGUUGUACAAUCACCGUCGUUUAAUCUUUCUUCCAACGUAUCCGCAUCUCCCUCUUAUAUACCUCACUUGAAAUACUUGAAGUUAGAGCAGGCAAACCUGUCAGCUAUUUUCGAGAAGCUACGUGAGUUAAACGCCAAACAAGAAAGUAUGUAUAAGAUACCAGACGAAAAGCUGGACGCGAUAGGAAAACUCACGGACGAGCGAGUAUCCGAGGAAGUCAAAGCUAGCGCUAUCAGCGCGUUGAAGAGCCUGUUAGAUUGGCCGAACGACACGGUCUUUCCGGCUCUUGACGUAGCGAGGCUCGCUGUGCUUCACAGGGAAAUAAACGAUCAAUUGUGUACGGAAGAAUUGCUGCCGGUCAUAGGGAGGCAUAUCAAAUCUGACGCAGCUCCAUCGAAUCAGAUGCUCACUUUCCGACUGAUAGCCAAUAUGUUUCAACACGAGAAAGGAGAGAAGCUUUGUCUCGACUGCAGAGACGAGAUACUCAGGUCCGUGCUGAAUCUGCAAUCUCUCGGAAAUAAAAACAAUCAGGUCGCUAUAUCGACGUACAUGUUGAAUCUGAUCGUAGCGCUAAAUAAAUGUAACGAUAUGCCUGGUAAAACGAGAACUCUGAACGUGCUGUUCACUGUAUUACCUCGCCUGAGUGAACCCGAAGCGAUGUUCAGAGCUCUAGUUGGACUGGGAACGCUAUUGGCCGCUACACCUGGUCCUGAUGAUCGUAACGAAUUAAUUAGCGCCGUACGACAGUCCGAAACUGCUUUAAAUGUUCUUAGAACUCUGUCGGACAGCGCGACCGAUCUCGACACGUCGAACAAGGUAGUAAACUGUUCCAAGCAGAUUAUGAAUUUGAUUAUUUAAUGUGUUUUAAGAGUGGUGCAAUGCGAUAUCCAAAAAUAAAUUUCAUUAAAUCAGGGAAAAAAUUGGGAAGAGAAUUUUCAUAAUUCACACGUAUGCAAACACACGUGCGCGCGCGUAUAUAAAAGUGAUAUUACUAAAUAAUUUAAAAAAUGCACUCAUACGAUUGGUAAUACGCGGGAAGAAAAAUGGAUUAAUCUUGCACAUGUAUGCAUGUUUUAGAGUUCGGUUGCUCAAUCGUAAAUAAUAAGAAAAUAAAAAUACAUUUUUUAAUACAAGUAACAUUAAUCAUUUAAAUAUAUCAUGUCCUUCCAUUGUAAUUAUACUGCAUAUAAGUGCAGAGUAAAAGAGAUUAGAUUUAUAUAGCAAUUUUUAUGUAAUAGGUAUUGUUUUACAUUUACGAAUAACGUAAAGGUGUAUUCAAGUGUAUUAUAUGAUUCUCAAAGCUGCUCUUUAUAUUCCUACGGAAUAAACGUUCGUUUAGAAUUGA